AUGAGGUUCCAAACAGCCUUUGACUUAGUGCUCAGCUAUGUUCUAUGUGGUUAUAUUAUAAACAGUUCUGGACUAAAGUUGGAGAAUAAUGGAUAUAGAGACCUACUUAUUGCUAUUCACCCUGGAAUCCAAUAUAACGACAAGAUUAUUAAAAAUAUCCAGGAAAUAAUGACUGAAGCCUCCUCCUACCUUCACCGAGCUACCAAACAACAAGUUUAUUUUUCUGAUGUAAAAAUCCUGCUGCCCCAGACGUGGCCAGUUAGUGCCAGCUCGGUUCAUAGACCGACAACCGAAUCCUAUGAGAAGGCUAAAGUGAUCAUUGCUGAACCAUACCUUAAAUAUGGAGAUGACCCGUACACUCUGCAGUAUGGUGGAUGUGGUGAGAAGGGCCGGUAUAUUCACUUGACCCCAAAUUUUAUACUAAACAGUCUGAUUCCAGUUUUUGCUUCAAAAGGUAGAGUAUUUGUUCAUGAGUGGGCCCAACUUCAAUGGGGAGUGUUUGAAGAAUACAAUGAUCUAGAGCCUUUUUAUAUAUCGGACGAUAGAAUUCCUGAAGCGACAAGAUGUUCAAAAGAAAUAACAGGAAAGAUUGUUGAAUGCCCAGGCAGCAACUGUUUUCUGUGCGACAAUGAUUUCAACACAGGGCUGCCAAUUGGUGAUUGUAAAUUCUUUCCAGAGAAGAAUCAGAGCUCAUUCUCUUCAAUAAUGUACCUACAGGGGCUGCCAAGUGUGGUUGAAUUCUGUGACAAUGAAACUCACAAUCCUGAAGCACCAAACAUGCAGAACAAAAUGUGCGAUCACAGGAGCACCUGGGACGUGAUCAAAGAGUCAGAGGAUUUCAGAAGCAAUCGCCCACCCCACAUUGGUCCAGUGACACCGACAUUUACAAUCCUACAGGCCAAAGACCGUGUGCUCUGCUUAGUCCUUGAUACAUCUGGAAGCAUGGGCUCGGAGAAUCGUAUUAACAGACUCCGACAAGCAGCCGAGAUAUUCUUACUGCAGAUCAUUGAAGUACAAUCGCAAGUUGGAGUUGUCACUUUUGACAGUGCCGCAAGUAUUCAGGCAGAUUUGAAAGUGAUCGAUGAUGAGAAUGUGAGGGAUCAGCUUGUCCGACUGCUACCUACAUCAGCUAAAGGUGGAACAAAUAUCUGUGCUGGCGUUCAGUCUGGGUUUCGGGUGCUUCGUGGUGAUGACGGUGCUACAAACGGUGAUGAAAUCGUUUUACUGACUGACGGGGAGGACAGUGGAAUAAGCAGUUGCUUCGCGGAGGUGGAACAAAGUGGUUCAGUUAUCCACACUAUAGCAUUAGGACCAAGUGCAGCCGUAGAACUGGAACAGCUUUCAAAGAUGACAGGGGGUUUACAGUUUGCAGCCACCGAUAACAUGGGUACAAAUGGAUUAAUUGAUUCCUUCACUGGAUUAGUAUCAGGAAAUGGUGACAUUAGCAAACAAGCAAUUCAGCUUGAAAGUUCUGGAAGAAGGAUUGAUGAUCACAGUUGGUUGAAUAGUACAGUUUUUAUCGAUAAGACUGUUGGGAGCAACACAUUUUUUGUAAUUACAUGGGAGGCGCAGACACCAGACAUGUUUGUACAUGACCCCAAUGGAAAGACGUACAACAGUGGUGAUUUUGGGAUAGAUAAAAUUGGACACACAGCCCGUUUUAAGAUUAACGGCAUUGCCCUGACAGGACCUUGGAAGUAUAGUAUCCUGAAUCCUGGAACCAAACAGGCUAUAGCUAUCACAGUAACAUCCCGAGCAGCAGAUGAGAAAGUUCCCCCCAUCACGGUCAAUGCGUAUAUCAACAGAAAAGAUUCAACAAGCCCGAUGAUAAUCUAUGCAGAAGUCAGUCAAGGAUUUUCACCUGUCCUGUUUGUGACAGUGACAGCUAUCAUUGAAUGCCCUGCUGGUCCUCCAGUUGAACAGAACCUUUCUGAUGAUGGCCUAGGUGCAGAUAUUGUCAAGAAUGAUGGCAUUUACACUAAGUAUUUCCAAAACUUUAAUGGGCAUGGAAGAUACAGCCUUAAAGUACAUGUUCAUGGAAAAGCAGCAACUGUAAAAAUGGCAGGAAAGCCUUCCUUGUACAUACCAGGAUUCAUCGAAAAUGACAAUAUUCAUCCAAAUCAACCUAGACCUCCAAUCAACACGGACAAUCCCGAUCCUAAAUUAGGAGACAUCAGCAGGGCCAAAGCAGGAGGAACAAUUUCAGUUCCCAUAAGAUUACCGACUGUUGACUUUCCACCGUGUAAAAUCAGAGACCUCCGAGCAACAAUAGUUCAAAAUAAAGUUCAGCUGGAAUGGACGGCACCAGGAGAGGACUAUGAUCAGGGAACAGCGUCUUACUAUGAGAUGAGAAUGAGUGGGAGGCUCCUACAGCUCCGGGAUGAUUUCUCAAAUGCUAAGCUGGUAAACUUGACUAACUUGACUCCACAACCAUAUGGCUCAAGGGAAACAGUCACAAUUAUUCUUCAGGAUACAACACUGCAAAAUUGGACAAAUAUCUACUUUGCUGUCCGUGCAUAUGAUAAAAUCAAACAGUCCUCGGUGACAUCUAAUAUAGCCAAGGUCUCAAGUACAUUCUUUGUGCCAUUGAUUGAGCACCGAAAAGGCUUGAGUAGAUCGGGUAAGACUUGGAUUGCAGUAGCUGUUACAACUAUUGUUUUUUUGACCACUGGGACCAUGUUUUUCAUUCUGUGCAAAAGGAGACGAAAGAGAAAAAACAUGGAUGAGUAAUG